AUGGCAAAAAAAAAGAAAUUAUCUAACUUUCAGCAUGGAGGAAUUCUUUAUGAUCAUGGGCGUAAAGAUGCAUUAUCAACUAUUGCUAAAAAUAUCAAGUGCAGUAAAACUACUGUGCAUGAUACUCUAAAAUGGUAUACUGAAACAGGUUUUACGGUACCAAAAAAACGUCCAGGUCCAAAACCUAUCUUCGAUGAAGCUGCAUUGGAAGAACUCAACCAAAUUGUUAUACGAGAUGCUAUGCAUCAUCGUCUAACUAUUCAUGAAAUUCAAGCUUUAUGGCAAAGAGAAAAAAAUCAGAAGGUUUCCAUUUCAACACUCCGUCGCGCUUUAAGAAAAUGUGGUCUUCGCUCUUGUGUUGCACGUCACAAGCCAUUAAUUUCUGCAAACAAUAAGGUAAAACGGCAAGCCUGGGCAAAAGAUCAUCUAAACUGGUCAACUCAUCAAUGGCGAAAUGUGGUCUGGUCAGAUGAAUCGGUUUUCAAACAGUUUUCUCAAAAUUACAAUACACGGGUUUGGCGUACCUCGACUGAAGAGUUUGAUGAAUCAUGUCUUGUUCCUACUAUAAAACACAGUCCUAGUCAUAUGUUUUGGGGAUGUUUUUCAUGGCAUGGGCUAGGACCAAUAAUUCCUAUCCGUGGUAGAAUGAAUGGUGAAGCUUAUGUUAAGCUUUUAAGAAGGCAUGCAAUUCCUGUUGUAUGUCAAUUGGUUCCUGAUGGGCAAGGCAUCUUUCAACAAGAUAACGCACCUGCUCACACAUGUUCUAAAGUUAAAAAUGUUUUUAGAAAUGCUAAUAUUCCUGUAUUACCAUGGCCUGCUCAAAGCCCAGAUAUGAAUCCAAUCGAAAAUAUGUGGCAAGAGGUUGAAAGAUGUUUGCGUAAUUUUCCAGACAACCCUACAAGUAUUCAAGACCUGGAAGAAAAAGUUAAAGCUGCUUGGUAUUCAAUUCCGCCUUCAUAUUAUCGCAGAGUGAUUAAUAGUAUGCCCCGUCGGGUAGAAGCAUGUGAUGAUGUUGAUGGUGGCUCAACUAGAUAUUAA